AUGGCCCCUCCGGAAACUUUCCAGAAUCCAGGCCCUAUAUCCAUCACUCCUAUUCUUCAACGUCUUGCAUACCCCGCGGCAGCCGAUAUUCAGGUCAGCGCAGAGGACAUUGCUUCUGCAUUUGCUCUCAUUUUUGAGAACAGGCUAUCAGAAAUCCAAAUGGCGGGUUUUUUGACUCUGCUGCACUCGACGGGCAAAGAUAAGGAAGCUGGUGUCAUUGCGAAAUGCGCUCUGCGUAUGCGAGAGACUGCUUGCCAGAUUGAGAAAGCGCCGUUGGAAAAAGCGAUCAAAACUCGUGGCCGACAUGAAGGGAACUAUAAUGGUGGAUUGUGCGAUAUCGUCGGAACCGGAGGAGAUUCGCAUUCGACCUUUAAUAUCUCUACGACAUCCUCAAUCCUUGCAUCGCCUCUUUUAAUGAGCGCUAAACAUGGGAAUCGAGCGCAAACUUCAUUCUCUGGAGCUGCAGAUAUUCUUAAUGCGGUUCAACCUGUACCUCCUAAGAUCUCUGCUAUCAAUGCAAGUAAUGUGGCCAAGGUGUACGAAGAGACCAAUUAUGCUUUUUUAUUUGCUCCUAACUUCCAUCCUGGGAUGAUAUACGCCAAUCCCGUGCGUCGCGGCCUUGGUCUGCGCACUAUCUUCAACCUGAUGGGUCCUCUAGCAAACCCCGUGGAAUGGGCACUAGAGGCGCGAGUUGUUGGCGUGGCCUAUCAGAGCCUAGGUCCAGCCUUUAUUGAGGCCCUUCGACAAAGCGGAGCUAGGAAGGCUCUGGUUGUCUGUGGCGAGGAAGAUAUGGAUGAGAUUAGCUGCGCGGGCAAGACAAACUGCUGGAGACUCUCUGAGUAUCCGAACCCUGCCUUUAAUAAUUUGCUAGAGGACUGUUCAGGUCACGAUGGAGAGCAGACGCCUCGUACUCUGGUCAAACUUGAUACCUUCCAGCUUCACCCCUCUGACUUCGGCCUGCCUACAUACCCUCUGACCGCCGUGUACGGCCGCAAGAUGCCUAAGGACAAUGCCGCGAUGCUUAUGAGUAUUCUCCGAAACGAGCUUCCGCGCGAUGAUCCAACCUUGGCAUUUGUCCUGAUUAAUGUGGCUGCUCUGUUGGUCACUUCGGGCAUCUGUGAAGCUGACAGCAGCAACAUGGGUCCUGGAGAUGACGGUAAAGUCAUUACUGAGCGUGGUCCUGGCGGCGGUCGUUGGAAAGAAGGUGUCCGCCGAGCACGCUGGGCAGUUGAGAGCGGUGAAGCUCUCAAGUGCUUCCAGAAGUUCAUUGAGGUUACCAACAAACUUGAAUGA